CCUCCUGCCUUCCCCCUCCCUUCGGCGGCACCUGCGCGGGGCGGGGGGGAGAGUCCGCCGGGAGUUUCCCUGGGAAGGGGGGAACGUCCCUCGCUCCCCUCACACACACACUCACACGCACACCCCCUCCUGCUUCUCCAGUGCUUCGGAACAUCCCCCACUCCCCUCACACACACACACACACCACUGAUUUUCUAACGCUUCGAGUCCCGGCUCUGAGAUCCGCCAGCGGGCGGAGGCAGGCGGGACCCUCCGGGCGGUACGGGAACUGCAGUCGGGGCCCGCCCGGCCUGCGACCCCGCCCGACGUGCGCCGGGACCGGCUCUGCCUUGCUCGGCUUUUCGGCUUUGCCGUCCUCUCCCGCCAGCCCCCGAAACCGGGCAGUGCCGUGCUGGUGGAGGCUACAGGGUAACAGCCUGGCUUAUAAAUGAUUAACAUCCGUGAUUAACUUCCCCGGGGAGGAGGGAGCCGGCUCUCUCCGAGCGCAGCCGUUUGUCCCCGGCCGCUUCGGCGGGCAGAGGCGCUGAGGCAGCGGUGCGUUCGGUGCCGAAGGGCUGGCUGCAGCCUCACCCCUUCUUCCUCGGGCUGUGGAGUGCUGACAUCCACCACAAGCUGGUUUUGCAGGAGAUAGUCUAUUGGAGAAGACAGAAAAAUAAGAACAGAAACUGGAGUCAUUCACAGAGACAAUAUUCUCACCUGAAGAGAGAUGGCAGAAAUCAAUUCUCCUGUAAAUAUCAAGGAAAAGAUCAACGCGAUCCGAUCAGUGGUUCCGAACAAAAGCAAUAAUGAGAUAGUUCUGGUGCUGCAGCAGUUUGAUAACAAUGUGGACAAGGCUGUUCAAGCCUUCAUGGAUGGCAGCGCGACUCAGGUUUUAAAGGAAUGGAACAUGACAGGGAAAAAGAAGAGCAACAGAAGAAAAAGAAACAAAUCUAAGCAGCACCAAGGCAAUAAAGAUCCUAAAAACAAGAAUGGUGGACCUGAGAAGGCAUCUCAAGAGCCCCAGGGAAUAUAUGAGUGCCAUCUGAAUGGAUGCUCUAAGGACAACUCUUGCAGUGGUUCUGCCAACCAGAAACUGGAAGCUGCUUCUCUUAAGAACAAAGGCUCAGGAUUUGUAGAGUCAGCACUGGUCUGUCCAGAAGUCAGAGACAAAGAAAGAGAACACCAGAGAGUUUCUGUGGAAUCCAACCCAAAGACUGUGAAUGGAGUGGGACAGCACGAGCCUCUCCAGUCCUCAGUUCAGCUCCAGUGUAACCUAGGCAGGCCAAAGGCAAAAUCUUCCUCAGUUAAAUCAUCCAGUGCUACAGCCCAGCCUGAAACAAAGACAGAUGAUUCAGUCAAAAAAAGAGGGCCAAACAUUGAGAAAUCAGUAAAAGACUUGCAACGUUGCACUGUUUCUCUAACUAGAUAUCGUAUGAUGAUUAAAGAGGAAGUGGAUAAUUCAGUGAAGAAAAUCAAAGCUGCUUUUGCAGAAUUACACAGCUGCAUCGUAGACAAAGAAGUGUCAUUAAUGGCAGAAAUUGAUAAAGUUAAAGAAGAAGCCAUGGAAAUCCUGACUGCUCGGCAGAAGAAAGCUGAGGAGCUGAAGAGACUGACAGACCUGGCCAGUCAGAUGGCUGAAGCUCAACUGGCUGAACUCAGGGCUGAAAUUAAGCACUUUGUCAGUGAACGGAAAUACGACGAGGAGCUGGGCAGGUCUGCUCGCUUCUCCUGUGAUACAGAACAGCUGAAGACCCAAAUUCAGCUCUGUGGAGAAAUUUCUCACCCAAAGAACAACUAUUCCUCAAGGACACCCUGUAGUUCAGUGCUGUCUUCAAUGACCUCCCAUGCAGCACCUGGGAAGCAGCACCCCCACACCAGGAAGGCCUCCAGCCACGCCAAGAACUCUGAUAAUAAACCAGCCAGCACUAAAGCACAGAGUCACCUUGCUGCCAGUUCUACAGAAGCUUCUUCCCAAGGAAUCCCAACCAAUAAGCAGAACGGGCCUUCUAGCCAGAGACGGAGAUUCAACCCCCAGCACCAAAACGCCCGGCUCAGUGGAUCUCUUAAGUCCCAAGGUGCCAAUAAUGAGGCAGAUCAAAGUAGUACCAAGAGUGGUUCCAGGUCUGAGCACAGAAGACAGCAGCAUAACAACUUCCGAUCCAAAAAUAAAGGAGCUGUGAAAAAUCAAGAGCAGGCCACAGCCCCAAGGACCCCAGAGACGGCGACCCCUUCGGAAAAGCCGCGCCGCAAGCAGCCCGCAGCGGAGCCGGCCCAGCACAGGCCCUUCCAGGGCAGCGUGGGCAGGGGCUCCCAGUGCCACUUGUGCCCUGCCAGGAUGGAGGUCUCUGCUGAUGCCACUGUCCUCUCCGUGCCAGCUGUGACUUUGGUGGCUUGAAAUGUCAGGGUGGCACCAGGCGGGCGAAGAAGUGGAAUCUCUUCAUUUUAGUCUCUUGCUCGAGAUGCUUGUUGGUGAAGAAAAUCAGUCAGAACAUACUCAUUUUAAAUCUGUUGCUGCUUAAAACCUGUCGGUAUCCUUAUGACUUACUAAUUAUCAAAAUUAAUUCAUACUUUCC